AUUUAUACGUUUAUGACAGUUUCACCAAAAACCGAAACAUUUUGAGCUGAACAAACAUGUCAAGGAUGAAAUAUUGCAUACAAUGUAGAGGUGUAUCUAAUAAAGUGGCUGGUUAGUAUAAAUGAAAUGGUGUGUGUGCGCCUCAGUCACACUGACAGGACAGAGUCACUCAGCCCUCACACACCAGGCCUAUUGUCAGAACACCCACCAAACAGCUGACAUGCCCUCAUGCCCUGUGCAAGGAGGGAAGAGGACUGUGCAUGGGUUAUUGGCAAGUGGGACUGAGUUGGCAACACAGGAAAAACAACCUCACAUCAGGAUGAUGUUUGCCAUGGUUCUGCUUGGUGCCUUGUGUCUGUCUUCAAGUGUCUCCUUAGCCACCCAAGUGGGUCUGAGUGAGAAAGUCCUCGUCUUCCCUUAUGAGACAGACUUCAGCUACGUGGCCCUGAUCCCACAGAAGGAGAUGGGUCUGAGGUCCUUCACCCUUUGCAUGCGGGUGGCCACCGAGCUGCCUGAAGAACGUCAAAUCAUCCUGUUUGCCUACCGCACAGCCGACUAUGACGAACUCAACAUAUGGCGUGAGAAAGAUGGACGCAUCUCCUUUUACAUGAGCGGUGACGGCGCCUUCUUUCACCUGCCGCCCCUCACCACCUUCCGCACCAGCCUUUGCCUGACCUGGGAGUCUCGCACCGGCCUCACCGCUUUCUGGGUGGAAGGAAAGCGCAGCGCCUACCAAGUCUACAAACCUGGGCACACCAUCCGUCCAAAAGGCACCGUCCUCCUGGGGCAGGACCCAGACAAACACCUAGGGGGGUUAGAGGCUGUGCAGAGCUUUGUAGGGGAGGUGACUGAUCUGAACAUGUGGGACUUUGUGCUCUCCAGAAGCAUGAUCCAGGCCUGGCACUAUGGGCACAAGGUCCCCAAGGUCCCCAAGGGAAACAUCUUUGACUGGGCCGCUAUUGAAUAUGAGGCGAACGGGAAUGUGAUGGUGGUGGAUGAUGACUGACUAGGAGUGGAGUCGGAUGCUGAGGGGGAUGUUGCUUUAGAGAUCUGUGCUGGACUGAUACUGAUAUGUGUCAUUGUCAUUUUUAGAUUCUGUGUCGUUUUCUGUUAGAAGCCUUCAACUGCUCUUCCUAAAAGACCAAAAGUAGAACAAAGGAGAGUUUAGGAUGUUUAAUAAUAAUUUCCUCUAACUAUAUGGUACAGAGUAGCCUAAGGCUGUUUUCAGCAAGGAAAUGUGUUGGCAACAAAUGUCGAUACUUUGUUGUGCACAGAUGUCGAUUACAUCACUCAAAUAUUAUGCUACAUGGUAACUCGGUUUCUGAUCCCAGUUAUUCAGGUUUUAUUUUACUUGAUUUAAAGCCCUAAUAUUCUUCAUUGCAUCUCAAAGCAUCAUCCUUUCACUGUUGUGAGAGCAAACUGUGAAAGAUCAAGCACGAGACGUUGACGUGCCAGAUGUAUCCAUAGGGUGGCAGCCUGUACUGGUUCACAUCAAACAGAAAUUUUAUCAUACGUGCAUCCACUGAUGUGAUUUGGAAUAAUAAUGCUUAUUAACCACAAAUAACUGAUUAAAUGUUAAGUAAAAAAUGCAACAAAUCAAAUCAGUUUAUUUAAUUUACAGAUGAAAAUGUCAAAGAUAUUAGCUUACAUUAAAUCACAAUAGACUUGAGCUGAUGAUGGCAAUGCAGCUAUCCAUUUAUCUCAGUAAAUAAAACAGGCAAGUAACUAAAACUAAAAAUGUCUUCAGUUUUUUUUCAGGCAAAAUGUUGCACUUUGUAACAAAAACAAACCAUUUUCAAAAAUCUGCUCUUAUGCUUUAACAAAUUGGCCACAUUUGUUUUUGCAAUCUGUUUGUCCAGUGAUUAAUGAUGAAAAUAUAAAUGAGGUAUUAGAACAGCAAACUGGGAUGGAUUAUUUCUACCACAGAUUAAUGAUUGAACUGCACUUGGAGACAAAUAGCAAUUAUCAUGUUCAAAAUCCAUUGCCGUAAUGUUGCCUUUGGUUAACGUGCUCGCUCAUGAAUUUUCCAUGUUUCAGCUGAUGUAACAAUGAUUUUGGGUGUGAAAUAAAAUCUUUCUAUAUGCAUAACUAAUAUU